GCUUGCUUGUUGCUCCGGUGGAACAAUCCCCCCACCCCCGAACAUGCGGCAAGGCAUAUCGAUAGGAUGCGCCAUCUAUAUAGGUAUCAGCGGCGGCAUCGGCGGCGGCAGCGGCGUCCACCGUUCGCGAGCGGCGAGUUACGGGGGUAGUGACACGAUCCGCAGAGAUAAAACCGGCCAGAGAACACGACACAGGCGCUCCCACAGUAGAGACUCCCAGCCCAGCCUGCGGAGAAGAAGCCUGUCCAGGACCCCGACGCAGCGGCCCAUUUGUCCCCCGGAAGGAAUCUUCUCGCUAGACGCGGGAGGCCUCGGCGCCUGGGAAACCCUCAAGGGAGCGGCGGGAGUGAAAUCCCCUGGGGGCUGGAGCUCGGGGACAUCGGAGACUGAUUCUACUGACGCAGAGGCGCCGCCCGAGGUUGAGACCGGAGCCGACAUUGAGUUCGUGCUCGUUGUGGCAGGGGGGCACGACCUCAACGACGAGUGUAUCUUCGAGGCAAUGACCCCGCCGGAGUACGGUCUGGAGGAGUUCGUGGAUGGUGUGGAGGCGUUGGACAUGCCGGACGAUGUCAUCAACAAGGUGCACGGCGACGCGAGCGAGACUCCCGCGGGCGCCGGCGGCGGCAUCGCCGGAGGCAGCAACGGGCCCAAGAAGACGGCGAGCGUGUCCAUCCCGCCCUCCGUCGCCGGCGGCGGUGGCGGCGGCGGCGGCGGCGUCGCCGGUUCGAGCGCCGCGAACGCCUUCGAGAAUUACGCGCACGUCAACGAGGCCCACUCAACCUCCAAGAAGAAGUAA